UAUAAAAACUUGCGAGUUCUUUACCUUAUAGCACAGUUUUCGUUCUGACUGCUUUCUUAUUAAUUAACACUAAACUCGCAAAAAAGAAAAAAACCCAUUAAAAUGAAAUUCAUUUUCUCAUUGGUUUUAUUGGCUUCGAUAGCCUACAUCAGCUAUGCGGUCAGUGUUACAUGGGGCAAUCGGAACAGUAGCGAUGCUCUGUUAAUGCGUCAACGCGUAGUUCGAACUCCUUUAAAGAACCAGUACUGGAGUGUUAAUGUGGAAUUUCCUAACCCGGGCCAAGCUAAUCAACGCACCAUAAGCGCUGUCAUUGUUUACGAUCAUUUUAAUAAUAAAUCCGGAGCUCAGCCUAGUCUAUGGUCCGGCGGUCCCGGCUGGAGAUUUGCUACAGUCAAUUUGAAAAGUGUUAUGUCUGGCGGCAUAAACUCUACUGUCGAAAUGUACGGUAGAUGAAAUUUAUAAAUUUAAGCAAAAUUUCAUAGAUAAUACUUUAAUAAAAACAAGUUCAAAAUCAUCCAUUUUAAGUGCGUGAAGAUCUAACAGGAAAUUAGAAAGCAAAAGUAAUGCGUGAUAUCAGAUUGAGAGAGUCUUCUUUUAAUUGUACUCAUCACCGAACAACAUGGACAUAUUCAUAUUUUGUCAGAAUGUUUGCACCAUUCAAAAAGAGGCUCCAAAGACCCCAUAAAGAAUAUGCAUUCUUGACGAUUCUUGAGAAAAACU